ACCAAUCAAUGGAGUCCGGGCUGUGAGAUGCGCCAGGGAAAGGCCAGCGUCCUACAUAAAGAGUCCAGGACAGUGAGCUGGGCAGCACACAGGGCAGCACACCUUUCUGUCUGCAAACGAUCACAAGAAGAGUGGCACCGCGAGAGGAGCAGAGAGGGAGAGGACAAAGAACGAGAGGCAGUGGAAAAACUGAGGAGAAAAGAAUAUGGUGCGCUCAUGUCAACAGAAGAUUCCUGCCUGGCUCUAUGUGGGCAUCCCGCUCCUCUUUAUCCACUUCCAUUCUGUCACAGUUAGCGGAGCUCCCCUGAAGCAGGACGCAGCACUGGACAAUGCUGCCACAGUGCUAAAUCACUCUAUGAGUUUUGUGAAUCGUAUGGAGACCCUGCUCACCAUGGGUAAUGGUAGUGAUGUGACUUUACGGGUGCAGACCAUGAACACAGAUGAGGUGAAGGUGAUUCAAGCCCACUGCCUGGUUCUCACCCUGCAAAGUGAUGUGUUUGAGGAACUGCUGCUAAACCGCAACAACACGGUGCUGGUUAUAACAGAAACCCCUCAGUGUGCAGCAGUCUUUGAUAAAUUUGUCAGAUAUCUGUACUGUGGUGAUAUCUCAGUACGGCUAGAUCAGGCUAUAUCUCUGCAUAAGCUGGCCACCAAGUACCAUGUGUUGGGCUUGCAGCAAGGUCUGACCCAAUAUAUGACUCAACAUGUUUCCAGUGAUUCACCCACAGGCCAUGUGGUUAGCUGGUACAACUAUGCACAGCAAAUUGGGGACACUGCCCUGCGGGACUGCUGUCUGCAGUACCUCUCCUGGAACCUGUCUUCUGUGCUGCAGAGUGGAGAAUGGGUCUCCAUCGGUGAAGACCUGCUCCUGUCCCUGCUCCAGCGCUCUGACCUCAUUCUACAAAGUGAAAUGGAGCUCUUUGAAGCCCUGGAGGAAUGGAUUAGCCAGAACCAGCCUGACAGCAAGACAGUUGAAGGUGCCCUGAGGGCUAUUCGAUAUGGUAUGAUCCCCCCUCAGCAUCUUUUCCGCCUUCAGAAGCAAUCCCCCCUCAUGUUGAGGUAUUACGAGUCAGUCCGUGAUCUCCUCUAUCUAGCGUUCCAAUUUCACUCUGCCUCGCCCAUUCAAUUGGCCAAGUACUUUGAUGUCAACUGCAGCAUUUUCACCCCUCGUAAUUACCUGUCCUCUUCCUGGGGUUCUCCGUGGAUCAUCAAUAACCCCACGCGGGAUGACCGCAGUUUCAGCUUCCAGACCCAGCUUGGGCCCAGUGGCCACGACUCCAAUAAGAGAGUGACAUGGAAUGGCCUGUUCUCCCCUCGUUGGAUCCCGCUCAGUGCCAGGUCAACUUACACUGAACUGGGGGCCAUGCAGCCCACUCGCACAGAAGGAGGUAGACCUCGCAUCAUUGUGACACCAGCCACCUCAAGCCCCGAUUUUGCUGGUGUAAGUUUCCAGAAAACAGUCAUUGUGAUGGCAAGACAGCAAGGAAAAGUGGUUGUACGUCAUGUCUACAACUUCCACCAAAGUACAGAAGAGGCUGGAGAUUUCUUAGUGGAUGCUGACCUGCAGCGCCGUGUAUCUGAUUACCUAAUUGACAGCUCCCUCUAUCUACACAUCGUCAUCAAACCCCUCUACCACACCCUCCUUGUUGCCAGGAAGUAAAAGCAGGAAUUUUCUUGAUUCACCAAGUGGUUCUCCACCAACACAACCACAUGCAUAUAUUACAAAGUACACUCAUAUCACAGCUCGUGUGUAUGCGUCAGGUCUGAUACAUGGUCAUCAGUUCGUGCUUUUUCUGUCUUCCAGUUGUUAAGCAAGGUGGUAUCUGUAAAAAGGGAAUACAGUUACACUGAGUUGACAAAUUAGCACAGUCAUCAUGGCAUUGAUAGUGUUUUUUAGAAUAACAUGUAUACUAACGGGGGGAGAAAAAUACUUGAGUGUACUGUAGUUGAUCAGGGUAUUUUAUAGUUUGGUAGAUUUUAUUGUUUAAUUUAGAGAUCUACAUAAUGGUUAAUGUUGUUUGAAACGGUACCAUAGAUGCUUUGCUUUAAAAUGAAUUGUUACUCAAGCUUUUUUUCCAUACGUCUUUCAAAUACAGAAUAUUAGAUCAUAGCACUUAUAUCCUCUUACAUAUUCUUUUACAUGCCUUUAAAUCUCGCUUAUAGAAAUGUGUAAAUGUUUACCUUUUUAUUUGUGUUCCUUAUUAUGAUCUAAUCUUGCUAGACAUUGCAAAUAUAGGGUUUUUGCAUCCCAUAUUUUGAUUAUAAUUUUCCUUUCUGUCUUUUUCUUCUCUAUCCAUAUUUUUGCUUUUAUGCAUUUUAUCCAACCCAAAAUAAACUCACUAGUUGGUGGUCUACUGUAACUGAAACCAAUAAGAAAUGAUAAGUUUAAGAAUGAAAGAUGAUUAAAGUAGGAAAAAGUUGUAAGAUACUUGAAAAAUAAACUUGAAAAAUAAACUUUUGUUAUGCAAAAAUAAAUGUUUGACGGG